AAGAAGAAAGGGGGCGUGUCCGCUGGGUGCUAGCCUGCGUGCUAACAGCGAGCUGCUCGAAACUUCUUACUUUCACUUUCCCGACCGUCGGGAGCAGCGUCCCCGCGAGGAAGAGCGCGGCCGCACUGCCGCUUCCUGGAAAACGAAACUCACACCGCCCGACAUUCGCCCUCGAUGUGGUGAUUCAAAACGGCACGGUGAAGGAAACUCGUCGCCGGCGGCGUGUGGAGGAAAAAGUUUGGGAACCCGCGACCGCGAAGAACCGUCGAGAGCAGCUAGCUUCCAGCGGCUAGCGCUAGCAUGGACGGCGGCGGAGGAGGCGGAGGACACGGACACAUGCCCGGCGAGGAGAAGGGAGCGGAGAGGCUGAUGGACGACCACCUGAAGUCCAUCGGUCUGCAUCGGAAGAAGAUCGCCAAGGACGGGUCGUGCUUGUUCCGAGCUGUCGCCGAGCAGGUUCUGCAAAGUCAAAGCCUUCACACCAAAGUUCGUGCCAAAUGUGUGGAGUUCCUGAAGUGCAACAGAGAGAGCUACGAGGCGUUCAUCGAAGGCGACUUUGAGGAUUAUCUGUGGAAGCUUCAGGAUCCUCAGCAAUGGGUGGGAGAAGUGGAGAUCAACGCGCUGGCCGUCAUGUACAAGAGGGAUUUCCUGAUCUUCCAGGAGCCUGGAAAACCUCCCGUCAACAUCACAGACAACAACUUCAAGGACAAGGUGCGGUUGUGUUUCCUGAACGGGAAUCACUACGACAGUGUUUAUCCCAUCAGCCACAUCAAGAACGCCGCUCUCUGCCAGUCCAUCUUGUACGAGCUGCUGUACGACGGCGUGUUCAAUGUCGACCGCGGCUCCCUCGGCCCGUGUCAGCGGACGGGACGAGCCUCCGACUUCCUGAGCGACGACAACAUGGCCGCCUGCGCCAGCAGCGACGAGUCCGACCAGGACGCCGCCGAGCCGCUCCGGGUUGAAAAUGGAACAAGACACAACAACCAGAGCUACAGGGGCCGUGGGCGUGGUCGACCGCUGCCCGAGAGGGUGAGACGUUCACUGAACCCGACUCUGCUCAGAAACAUCGAGUUCGACGUAUGGCACAGCAGCAAGAGAGCUCAACAGAAGAUGGAUUUUUGCAUCGCGGCUGGGAUGCAAUACACGGUGGGAGACCGCUGCCAGGUUCGCCUCGAGGGCAGUGGGCGGAGCUACAACGCGACCGUCAAGGAAGUGCCGACCAUCAACGACAACAUGGUGACGGUUCACAUAGAAGAACUGGGCAAGAGACACGUCCCUCUGUGGAGUCUGCGUCCUCCCAGCGACGACAGCAGUUGGAGCAAAGUGGUCAACAAGGAUAAGAGGCUCAGUAACGGAUGUGGAGAUUGGGAGCGGGGUAAAGGCAGAGGCAGGGGGAAGCCCGUCCCGCUGCUGCCGCCGCUUCUGACCUCUGUCCUCCAGGCUGCGGCGCCGGGCCCCAGUGGGCGUGUGCAGAAGCAGCACUCGUGGCCCCCGCAGGCCACCGUAGAGGAGCAGGGUGGGGCCAAGCCCAGCAGGAAGUCAAUGAGCACUGCUGACUCGGCGUCUUUCGGCCUGACGAAGGACCAGCGUAGUGCCAAAGACGAGGAGGACCUCAACAUGGCGCUGUUGGAGAUCCAGCUCCGAGACGAAAACAGCUUCCCCGCCCUCGGGACAGGGGGGCAGGGCGACGGAGGGAGGAAGAAGGGAGCACAGAGGAGACGAUCCCAGAGAAACAAGAUGAGUCCGGUAGAAGACGUCAGAGCAGCGUCGCCCUCUGCUGGCGAAAGACCCAAAUCCUCCACUCCACCAGCAACUACCACUGCUGCUGCUGCACCUACUGCACCCACCAACCCCACCCUCCUUCCUGCUGCUGCUGCACCUACUGCACCCACCAACCCCACCCUCCUUUCUGCUGCUGCUGCACCUACCCCACCCACCAACCCCACCCUCCUUCCUGCUGCUGCUGCACCUACUGCACCCACCAACCCCACCCUCCUUCCGGCUGCUGCUGCCCCGGCGACUAAAACAAACGCACAGAGGAGUUCUCCUACUGCUGCUGCUGCUAAACCCUCCGUGACGGGUGGAGCCCUGCCUCCCUCCGUCCCGUGCUCUGCCUCCGUCUUCUCCUUCCUCACCCCGGUUCUCCCCACUGCCUCGUCACCCCCAUCGCUACCCACCCUCUCCUCUCCUCCUCCUAUCUCUGCUUCCCCUCCCCCUCCCUCCUUGGUACCACAGCCCACCUUCAUCGCUCCCAUCGCUCUGUCCCCUGGCGCCGCUCAGGGCUUCCACCCGCCCUCCUCCUGCCUCCACCGCACAUCCCCACCCGUUCCUUCCCUCCCCCACUCCCCCAGUCCACCCACCUCCUCUCUUAUCCAUCAUCCUGCGAGUCGGGUCCGAGAGGCUCCUCCAGCUGCAGCACAAACUCCAAAUGCUUUGCCAGAUUCUGGAGGCUGUCUGACCAAAUCUCAGGCCUCCCAGAACCAGAGCCACAUCCCUGUGUCCCAGACCCAGACCCCAGUGACCCACACCGACGCUCAGACACCGGCUUCUCUUCCAAAGAUUCAGUACUCGAUUCCCCAACAUCAGUCCCUCACUGAAGUGUCCCAAAACCAGAUCCAGGAUUCUGUCCUCCAGCCUCAGGCCCAGUCUGACAUGGUCCAGAUUCAGGCGUCACACCCUCCUCCGGGAGCUUCCUACACCCUCACCCCCCAGGCCUCCGUGCCUGUCCCUGGCUCGGCUCAGCCCCCUCACCCCUCCCAACUCCCACAUCCCUCCCUCUGUGUCUCCGCCUCCCCGACCCAUCCGCCUCUCCCCGCCCAGACCCCCGACGCUCGGUUUCAAACCGAAGGCCCGCGCCCUCCGGCUCAUCCUCCCUCCCAGCAGCCUCACCCCGCUCAUCACCCCCAGUCCAUCCCAGGGUCUGUUCCUCUACAGAGCCUGGCCCAGCUCUACCAGGACCCCCUGUACCCAGGGUUCCCCCAGGGGGAGACGGGGGACAUGGCCCAGACUCCGUCUUUCUCCUCCAACAUUUCAGGGGACGACCUGCCCCAAGACUUCAACAUCUUGAGGUUUUUCUUCAACCUGGGCGUCAAGGCGUACUCGAUGCCCCUGUUCCCCCCCUACCUGUAUCUCCUGCCCCUCCAACACGCCCACACCCUGUGCCCCAGGCCCCCCUCCCGCUCCCCCUCCCCCCACUGCCCCCCCGCCAGGCACCAGGAGUUGUACCCUCCGACAUCGGCGAUGCCUCAGUACGGCCGCCAGGCCCCCCUCGCUGAGCCCCCCCGUCCAAGCGAGCCCUCUUCCUUCGUCGAGCAGGGCGGUUACUCCCUCGCUCAGCCUCCUCCCCACAGGAUGCCCUGCGCCCCGCUUCCAUGGCAACAGCACCAGACGCCACCGCCACCCACAAACUCCAACUACCCUGUUGGGUAUCCUUCCUCAGCUCCACCCUACCCACUUCCUCCUCCCUCAUCUCAGGGGUACCACCCAGCUCAGAGCACAGGUCACCCGCUGUACCCCCCGACCAUGCCCCAGUACCCCCUCUCCUCUCUGGGCUACCAGUCUUCAUCCACCCCUGACGAGCACCACGGGGCGAUGGAGCAGCUUCAGCCCCCAAAUGGGGAUGUGGUGCCGGGGCGUGGACCCGGUCCUCUGGACGGUCCCGCUGCCGCUAACGUGGCUAACGCUAACAACAACAACAGGGCAAUGAUGCUUCCUGGUGUCAACAGUUUUGCGCUGAAGAACGAGCAGGGAGAGAGUUUGACCAGAACCGUGCUGCUGGUCGACCCGCCGCUCAACAACAGGCCAAUACUGGCUUUGGUCUCAAACUCCAGUGACCCCAUCUCCAUGGCGACCAUGAAUCCCUGCAGCAGCCCUGGUUCCCCGUCGCCCUACGGCACAGUCUCCAAGACGACCGUCCCCGGCGACAACGCCGUCUACCGGGUCCACCCGAGUCACUUCAACCCCGGCAAGACGUACAUGAGCCGGGAGAUCCGCCCGCCAGCCAUGCCCACGCUGGAGGCCCUGUCCGUGGGCUGCGGCAUGGAGGAAGACUGGGAAGAGCCAGAGGGAUUCAAACCGACGACCCUGAACAACCCCAGGGGGGCGAAGAGGCCCUACAGAGGCGGCCGUGGGAGGGGAGGCGGAGCCUACGACGGAGGUAGGGGUGGAAACAGGCGGAGGCAGGGCGGAGAGGGGUAUCACUACGGACAGUACGGCCCCGCCCACAGGGGGCGAGGGUGGUGAGAAAGCGCUCGGCCAAUGAGAAGAGAGGACAGCGAAUUUGUAAUUUUCUUUUUUUUCGCGUCGCGAUCUGAUUGGUGGAUGGGUCCUCUCUCUGUCAACGUGUCGUCUUCUGUUACGUCUCAAAGUCUUCCAGCUCGACGCUGGCGGACGAAGACUCGAGCUCAUUGUUGUCUCGCUGAUUAGCUUAGCAUGUUAGCAAGCGCAAGUUCACACCUAAUUUUUACAAAAACAUUGAACUAUGGAUUUAAAGAGUGUGUUUGUUUGAGUAGGGCUACAACGACUACUUCUAUUAAUGAAUCUGUCCGUCCAUUUUGGUCCCACGUCUUGAAAAGAUCUUUUUCAUAGCACAAAUAUAAAAUAUUCGGCAUUUUUUUUGCGUUAAGAGUAUAGCUGCGUAUAAUUUUCCAUCACGCUGAAUUUGUCAUUAAAAGGAAUAGUUUAGACAUUUUUGUUAAUCUCUGUGCGCCAAAGACGAUUCUACAGUUUAGCAAAACCAUAAAUUGUCAUUAUUACAACUUUUUUAUGCCAAUCAAACAAAGGGCCAGUAGGUGGCUAGCUUAGUUUGGCGUUAAAGCUGGCAAGGUGGAAAAAUUAGCCCAAAUGUAAAACCACAAAUUUUCUAACACAAAUAUUUUUUUUAAUGCUUCGGUUUUGUGCACAUAUUUAAUCACGCCGGAUGGAAUGUUGCUACCUGUUAGCUCCUCUAAGCUAACCAUCUCCUGCGACUGCUUCAUCUUGAGCAAGAAUAAAAUCCCCAAAUGUUUUGAACUAUUCCUUUAACUGUCGGUGAAAUCCCCGAUUUUUCUGGCGUCCCUUGAAUGCAGCGUUGUCCACGGAGCACUAGACAUUAUAUACGUAUUCCAGGUGUGUUAGCAACAAAAAGAAAACAUCUGACUUCACUACAGAUGUAGGAGUUUGUGUCGCUGCUACAAAGCUACAGACGAAUUGUGUGUUUGGACUUUAGGUUUUUAUUUGACUGGUUUGUCUCGUGUCUUGUUUCUCUCUUUGUCUCCUGAUCGACUCCUGACUGUAGAGAUCCAGUGCCUUACUUUUUUCCGUCUUAUUUCUUUUUUUUCCUUGGUGGUUGAGAAACACUGCUGUACAGAACAAAGGCUGUGUGUUGUCGGUGUCUUUGGAUUUUUUUUCUGUGUGACUGAAUGAAUUAAACUUUGGUUCAGGUUA